UGCAAGAGAGGCGAAAGCUGCCCCUGUUGAAUGCCGGCUUGCAUUCGUGGAGCAGCGCCCAGGGUCUCUGCUUGCGGGUGGGGGCCAAGACCACAGUCCGGAAAAGCGACCUCCUCAAGGUGUCUCUUUCUUUCCACCAAGGCAGGCUCUCAGCUGCUCCUCAGGCCAGAGCGGAGCGAAAGCGAAAGCAACUCCGGGCUGGUCGGCUGGUCUGGCGGGGCUUCCUCUGCCCGCCCCCGCCCGGCCCCUCCUCUGCCCACCUCGGACGCAGCAGCAGCGCCCAGGUCAGCCGCAGCCUUGCACAGAGCGGGCAGCCCCCUUCCCUUCGUCCGUCUGCAAAGCCAUGGACCGACAGCGACAGGAUGAAGUGGAGCUGGAGAAAAGUGUCCGCCGACUGCGGGAGAAGUUCUAUGGGAAGGUGAGCAUCAAACGUGCCGUGAUUCUGAUGCGGCAGCAUCACAACGACCACGACCUUGUCUGCCGCCGUAUCAUCCUCUUCAAAGACCAGAAGGAAGAUACAGAUUCAGAAGAUGAGGAGAGCCUUGAUGAUGACCCUGUGGCUUUGAGAGUGGUGGAUAAACUGAAGCAAGAAGAGGAACAAAAGAAAAAGAAGCCGAAGACCGACCCUAAGAAUGAUGAGGACAUCAAGGAGGUUGCUCAGCAGAUGAAGGUUCUACAGUUGACAGAAGAAAACCUGCGCAUGUUUAACAAUGCUCAGAAGAAUCUCAUCCCCCCUACCAACCGCCAGUUUUCCUGCCAGUCCUGUGAUAAUAUGUGGUGGCGUCGAGUUCCAAAGAGAAAACAGGUGUCCCGUUGCCGCAUGUGUAGGUGCCGCUAUGACCCAGUGCCGUAUGACAAAAUGUGGGGCUUUGCAGAGUUCCACUGCCCCACAUGUCAGCGCAGCUUCAGGGGGUUUGCCCAGAUGGGGACCCCAUCUCCCUGCUACAAUUGCCAAACCCCUGUACUACCAUCCUUCAUCAUCCCACCACGCAAGACCCCAGGGCCGCGGAGCAAACAUCAGCAUUCCUGCUUUGCAGAGGAUUGCUACAACCGAAGAGAGCCCCACGUGCCCGGAACUCAUUGUGUGCAUCCCCAAAGCCGGCACAGGAAUGGCUUGCCUAAAGUGAUCCACCCCAGUGAAGAGCACGACAGUACCGGCUCUACCGUGGCCACCUGCCUAAGUCAAGGCAGCUUAAUCUGUGACAUCGAUUCCCUCAUCCUGGAAGACCUUCAGGAACAGGAUGAAGAGGACAAUGGCGAGGGCAGCAAUUAACCUCUGGACACCUGGAGGAGGCCACUCGCUAGAGGAGGAUGCCAGGGGACCAAUCGGUGGAGGAGGCUGGGGCAGAGGGAGCCUUGCUUGAUAUUGCUCCAGGCUCCAGGCCUGCCAGCUGUGAUCAUGUCUGUGAUUGAUGGUUCUUCAUGCCAGGGCCCACUUACUGACCCUUUCUGGGCUUCUGCCGGGCUUUGCACUUUCUCUCUUUAUAUGCCCUUUCCUGCUUUUGUUUAUCAUUGGUUUCUGCUAGGGGGAGCUCAUCUUCCCCACCCCUCACAUGUCUGUGUUUCACUUCAACUGGUUCCAUAGUCAUUCUCUCUCAGAGAACCCUGGGAACUGUAGUGCUGUGAAGGGCCAUUGGGGUCUCUAGCCGCGAAUUCACAGCAUCGGCACCAAAGCACAGUUUCCAGGAUUCUUUUGGGGAAACUACAUAUAAAACCAAUAUCUACCUGCAGUGUAGAUGUACCCUUUAGGUCCAACCAGCUUUCCUGCAUACUUACCAUUGCUGCCCAUUGGCUUAACCCGUAGUGGGCAAAUCCACCUGUGCUUCUUGAGUCUUCUGGAGUUAAACCCAGUAGAAAGCUGCCCUGCAACAAGCACACAUGGUCCUCUAAUUCUAACUCAGCUUUUCUGCUUUUUCUUACCCAGAAGGGUAGCUUUUUGCUGGUUUUUAUGGGAUAUAUGAGAUACGGGAUAUAUUGAUAAGAUAAGGAGCAGAUAGGCUACUAUGCCACUCCCAUCUUAGCAGUCCACAAGACUACUCUUCCGGUUCGGCUUCUGAGAUCACGUGGAAUUUGGAGUGGGGAGAAGGGGGAAGAGAAGACACCACACCCACCCACCCACCCACCCACCCACAACUGUGAGUUUUAAUGGGCUUUAUUGAGGCUAAUGAUUACAUGUGAGCAAUAAGCGUGCAAGCAAAAUACUUAUUUAUUCCAUUUCCCCAGCAAUUUGUAGUGCGGUGUUUUCAAUUAGCAAUUAAAAGCAUCUUUAAAAUCAUUCUCCCUGGCCAGAAUGCAGAGCUGCUAAAUUCACUUCAGCCCCACUAAAAACAAGCAGCUAAGGAAUUCAGUUUCUGUGUGAGAGGCAUCUUAUCAUCCGGUUGCUUAGCUAAAUCUCAAAACAAUCUCACAGCCCAGCUCUGGCAGGAAAAAGGCAUUCUGUCCCACUUUCGCAGGCAAUCUAAAUACAAGCAGUUUUUAAGAUUCACCCCUUUCCUUCUUUAAUGCAGCUGGACAAAGCCUAGCAAUAUCAGUUAUCUCUAGUUUGUUCCCUAGCACAAUGAAAACAUUUCUUCUUGCUGGCUACUGGCGAAGCUUCAAGCCUGAAAGGAGGGGGAAAGCAAAUGUCCAGCUUGUUGUUUCAGUGACUGAGCCAGAAAGGCUGAAAGGAGAGAAAGAGAUUGGAUGCUAGUUCUGAUGUAGUUAAGCUGAGCCGAAAGCAAGGGGAGGGAGAGGGGCGAGGGAAAGAAGGAAAUGGAUGGCAAGGAGAGUUAGCAGAGAGAGAACUCCCUGCCCAGCCGCAAAAGAAGAGAUCUAGCAGUGGGGAAAGAGGGAUUACAAGGAUGAGUUAGUCUGGAGCGCUGAAGGAAGACAUUGGUAGAUAAGCAAUUUACCGGGUCAGUCAUUUGUAGACUCAGGAGGCCUUGAGGAAAAACGCCGGGAGGGCGGGAAGCUUUCCAGGCAACUUAGGUGAACAGCCCAGGAAUGGCUAGGAAGCACAGGCAGACUUCACAUCUCAACCCAAGGGGCAGAGAAUGUCUCUCCCUUAUUCAGGGCAGACUUCCAGCUGCUUCCCUUCCCAUGCUAGCUCUACAUUGCUCUGUUCCUUCUUCCCAGGCUUGGCUCUCCUGUCCUCUGAUGAGGGGUUACAUGGCCUCUUCCAAAGAAGUAAGACCAUGCCUUGCCUUCCCUCUGCCUUUGUGUGGCAGGGGUGUGUUCUUUUAUACCCCUCCUCAAGGCUGUUGUCCUAUCUCAGAUCGACCCCCUUAAUGAUCUCUCAGCAUCCUUGACAUAAACAAUCAGCUUCCCAUGGUUCUCCUCACCCUUAUCAGGGUAAGGAGCCAAUCAGAGAGAGUUUGAUGCUAAUUUGGAUGGGGAACAUUCCUGAGGCAGCUUGACCCGGCCUGGUCAGCUAGAGACAGAGUUAGUGCCUGUCAGUCCAGAGCGAAAUUGUUAAUCCGAAGAAAAUGCCAUUCUGAGAGAGAUAGCAUGUGAAAGAGUCAGCAUUUUGUUAUCUAAGAUGCUCCUCAUAAACACAUAGGCAUUUCUUUAUCUAAACCUGUGGUUUCUAAAUAUGAUUCUCAGCGUUUAAUAUAUGAUUGCUCUCAGCAGUUAUGCACAGGUCUAUGCUUUAUCCUUGACAAGCAUAGCUCAAAAACAAAUUUCAAACCAUGAGCAGAAAUAAGCAAUUCCAUUUGACUACUGUAGUUAAGCAAAAUCAAAAGCUCACAUCCUAGUUGUCUCUUGCAAAAACACACUCACAGACUUCAACUUGGCUCUCUGGGUUCUCAGAGAGGAGACCCCAAAUUCUAAAAGGGGGUUUGCCAUAGGGCGUUUGUUCAUAUCAAUAUGAGAUAGAUACACACAGAGACCAUCCUUUAUGAUAACCAGCAAAGCACAGGGGUGAGUGGACCAAGCUGCUUUCUCCUCCUCAUUUUAGUUUUGUUCCUGCCAUAGGUAUUUGAGAUUGAAAGGCCUCAGAGUAAGAUGAUAUAUUUUUUUCAUGGAGGCUGCAGGAAGAAUGUGAAAAACACAACCUGUGGUUUUUUUGGUGGUGGUGGUGGUGGGGGCAGUGUCGUCCCUUAAAGCUAGCUCAGCAAGAGAUAAAAGACUCCAACAAGAGCAUAGGUUAGAAGUGGGGGAGAAGGGCCAGCUAGUGGUGAUUCACAGGCCUGGCUUGGUUCACAGACCUCCAGUUGCCUUGGGACCAAAAAUCAGAGGCAGGGACCAAAAAUCAGUUCUUGGGACCAAAAAUCAGAGGCAGGGAAAGUAGAGGGAUCUCGUUACAACCACUACCAGUGCUCUGUUACUCCUGAGCAUGAGCUUGUUGUGUGCUGUUUUCCAAGGUACCCUUUGCAGCAGCUGUGCAAUAUCAGCACUGAGCUCUAGAAGCUCCGGUUGUGAGCAUGUGUGAUGGCUUAAACCUUGGUCUCCAGUUAUACAGCUUUCAGAUUUUCAUUGUUCUUUUUCUGUCUCUAUGAGCAUGUAUUUUCUGUUGGAUGUGAAUGUAUAUGAUAACCAACCAGGUGCUCUCCUUUCUUUCCCUGGUGUUAAAAAUAAAUAAAUAAAUAAAUAAAUAAAUAAAUAAAUAAAUAAAUAAAAUUUUAAACUGA